GGCCGUGGCCCGGGCAGGAGCCGGACCUCCGGGCAGCUGCACUGGCGGGAAUGGCGGCCGGGCCGGGCUGAAAGGAGCGGAGCCGCGUCUCGAGGCCGCCAUGAGGCUGCUGCGGGCUCUGCUGAGAGGCGCCUCCCCGGCCGGCCUCCCGCAGCAGGUGGAUUUCUACGCCCGCUUCUCCCCGUCGCCCCUCUCCAUGAAGCAGUUCCUGGACUUCGGAUCUGAAAAUGCUUGUGAAAAGACUUCGUUUAUGUUUCUGAGACAAGAGUUGCCUGUAAGAUUGGCAAACAUAAUGAAAGAAAUAAGUCUGCUUCCGGACAACCUGCUAAAAACACCUUCAGUUCAGCUGGUGCAGAGCUGGUAUGUCCAGAGUCUUCAGGAAAUCCUUGACUUUAAGGAGAAGAGUGCAGAAGAUUCAGAAGUUAUUCAUAGGUUUACAGAUACUGUGAUAACAAUCCGGAACCGACACAAUGAUGUAAUUCCUACAAUGGCUCAAGGUGUGAUUGAGUACAAGGAAAGCUUUGGUGUUGAUCCAGUGACCUGUCAGAAUGUGCAGUAUUUUUUAGAUCGUUUCUACAUGAGUCGCAUUUCAAUCAGAAUGCUCCUCAAUCAGCACUCUUUGCUGUUUGGUGGAAAAAUUAAAGUUAAUCCAGCUCAUCCAAAACACAUUGGAAGCAUUAAUCCUAACUGCAAUGUUGUUGAAGUUAUUAAAGAUGGCUAUGAAAAUGCUAAGAGACUUUGUGAUUUAUAUUACAUGAGCUCUCCAGAACUUGUGCUUGAAGAGUUGAAUGCAAAAUCAUCAGGACAACCCAUCCAAGUAGUAUAUGUACCAUCCCAUCUCUAUCACAUGGUUUUUGAACUUUUCAAGAAUGCAAUGAGAGCCACAAUGGAACACUAUACCGAUGGAAGCGUUUACCCUCCUAUUCAAGUACAUGUCACAUUAGGCAAUGAGGAUUUAACUGUAAAGAUAAGCGAUCGUGGUGGCGGUGUUCCGAUGAGGAAAAUUGAUGGACUGUUUAACUAUAUGUAUUCAACUGCACCACGUCCCCGUGUUGAGACAUCACGAGCAACACCUCUGGCUGGAUUUGGUUAUGGUUUGCCUAUAUCACGUUUGUACGCACAGUACUUCCAAGGAGAUCUGAAACUGUAUUCCUUAGAGGGGUAUGGCACAGAUGCAGUUAUCUACAUUAAGGCUUUAUCAACAGAAUCAAUCGAAAGGCUUCCUGUGUAUAACAAAUCAGCUUGGAAACAUUAUGUAGAAAACCAUGAAGCAGAUGACUGGUGUGUGCCAAGCAGUGAGCCAAAGGACAUGACCACAUUCCGCAGUAUAUAAUUGUACAACAGUCCAGAAAAAAUAAUCCAGAACAAGCAGAAGCUAGGUGGAUUCAGGAACAACUUUCCAGAGUUGACACCAGUGACUAAAUCCCCACUUUUGAAGGUAAGCAUUUCUCGUUGAAUCUUUCCUACAAUUUAGAAAUAUCUGCUGUAACUCUGCAGAACAAGCCAACUAAUUCCUGCAAAAGGAGGAGGCGGAGAAUUUUCAGAUUACGAUGCAGCAGUCAAUUGACAUCCUGGGAGAGAAACUGAGGAACAAGUGGAAGAUUUAUUGUUGGACAAAGAGCUAGGUGAAACAGGCAAAGAAACUAUGCCUAUCUCAACUACGUCAGGACUAUUAGGACAACUCUGGCCUCGUCCUGUUAGAUUUUGUUCACCAUUCUGACAUCAAAACUGCCAGGGGAAAUGCAUAAAAAAGUGUUGCUUCAUCCUAAGGAGGAGGAAGGCACCUAACAGCUCUACCCCUUAACAGAACAGAUGACAAAUCCUGUUUGUAGCAGUGAUGAAGAGCUUCACCUCUGGGAAUCCCCAAGUUUGAAUUAUACUGACAAGAAUCUGGGAGUCCAAUUCCCAUUUGCAGUACUGAGGAAUAAAACCUGCUGGGAUCAUUGGCAUUCACAUUUUGCCUGCGCAGGAGAUACACUGCUGAUAUUCUUAUGUGAUUUGUUUUUAAAUGCAGUAGGUUCCAUAACCUUAUUGCUUUGGCACAGAGGGAAAGGCAUCUCACUCCUCCAUGCCAACUGAUAUAAAACAUGCAGGCCACAUUGUCUGUCAUGAAUCUGUCUGAUGAGAGGCAGAAAAUGGAGGCAGGCAUUUCUGACUGUUCUGAGCUCCAACAAGUUGAUGUGGAGGAUGGUUUAUUGGGGUGACGCUCUGCCUUGUAUCAUGAGAGCAUCAAGAUGUUAUUCCUAGCCUAACAGAUGCAUCUGUGGCUAGUUACCCUUAGCAUAAGCUAAAGGAAGGGAACUUCCUUUCCCUACACUGCAAUGGUCUUUCCAUCAAUCUAGGGAGUGCUUCACCUGUUGGAAGAACUGACACACAUUUGUCCAGGCUAUGUCUCUUUGGUAAGCAAACUGAUCUGAGCCAUCCUGGAAACAAUGAAAGAGUAAUCUCACAUAUUCUGUCAAAGGUGCAAGCCACCAAGUGACCUAGAAGUUGAAGACAGUUUCUGACAGGGGGUCCUCCUACUACUUGCUUCUUGGCAGCGACCGGGGAAUGGGAGCAGUGCUGUGUCGGGCGUUUUUGGGGCCCAGAAUAUCGCCAGUCCUAAGAUGAGCGUGGGAUCUUCUGCGGUGCCGAAGAGGGUACCGCUGGAGGAGUGCUCCACACCGAGAUACUCGGGCCCGUGUCUUGAGAGGGCCACAGGGCCAACUCCAUGAGGAGUUGCCUAAGACGAAUCUCCCUCUCCUUAUGCAUCUGAGGUUUGAAUGCUUUACAAAUUCUGCACUUGUCUGCUUGAUGACCCUUCCACAGACCUGAGACAGGAAUCGUGGAGGUUGCCCGUAACCAUGGGCCUGUUGCAAGACUUGAAGCCCUGAGAUGGCAUGCCCCAGGGCCCCGCAGGGCAGUCAUUGACGAGACUGCGCUCAACAACUAAACUACACUUAAUACUAUAGAAAAAACAAUUAACACUUAACACUAACUACUAACAAUGAACCAACAAUGAAGAUAAGAGAAUGCUAGGGAUAAGUGGAGCACCUGAUAAGGCAAGAGACCACUGUUCCAACCACCGUCACAGGCGGUAAGAAGGAACUGAAGGGGGAUGGGUCGGCCUGGUAGGGGCUUAUAUGGAUCGCCAUUUUGGUGUCAUCCCAGGGGGUGCUAGGAAAAAAAAAAGUUUCUGACAUCCGUGCACACGCUGCGUGCGCACACCUAACUGGAAUUGAUAUGAGCAAUCUCUCGAAGAAGAAAUCCUUUACCAUAUUCAGGACUUCUCUGAGGAAAUCACACAACUAUAGCCAAGAUGCCCUGUGCAUCACCACUGCUGUGGAAAUGGAGCAGGCUACAGUGUCUGCAUCAUCCAGAGCUUCCUGGAAAAUUGUCCUCGCCAGUACCUGUCCCUCAGCAGUGGUAGCCUGACAUUAUUCCCUUUGGUCUGGAGGAAGGUGUUGAAUGAAAACUGAAUUUUGCAUAAUUUGUGAAGUUAUAUUUGGCCAUCAUUUCCUGUAAUUCAUAAUGUGGAAUUUAAUGGUUGUAGAUGAAUAAGAUUUCCUUCCUAAAAGGUCCAGGCACUUCUGGUCUGUCAUAUGGGGGGGGGGGGGGCGGGGGAGGAUGUAUACCAUUUGUUCACUGGUGUCAACUACUGAGAGUUGAGUGGAGGGUGGGAAAAUAGAAACUCAGAGUCCUUGGUGGGAACUUAAUACUUUAUCGGCUCUCUCAAAUAUAGAUGUUACUGUGGGCAGCGUUUGCCAAAUGGUUUUUGCAGGUUCCAGCAGAGCCUCACUGAUAGGAAGGGCAACCCUGGAUGGUGUUGCAGAGUGAACAAUAUUCAACAGCUUCUGUCAUGAUUCUCUGAUUUCCUUGAGAGGUAUCUGUAGGGAGUUUUCCAUGUGUUUAAUGAGGUCUUGAAAUCGCUGACCAUCAUUGGCCAUAGGCGGAAGCAUCAUUACCACCUCUCUGGGUGAUGAAGAAACCACCCCUCAGACUACCAUCCCAUCCUCAUCUGCCCUUGCCUCCUGAUCCUCAAACCUUUCCUCUUGUUGAGUGGUGUGAUGGGAGAGGAGAAGCUUGAGUCUCCACCAUCAUCUCAAUGGGAGAGAGCUGAGGCCUUGGAGAACUGUUGACAAUAAGCUAUCCCGGUGUCCCAAUAUGGCCACUGAGCACCAUAUCCAGGGGCAGGCAUCCAGAGUUGUUUCCACCAAGAAUGAUGAGCUCCCUAGAAAUCCUCUGUCUCUUUGAGAAGGAGGUUCCUAUGUGGGUACACAGGAGAACGUUGGAUAGAGACCUCCCUUCAGUAUCACUGAUCUCUAUCACUCUUCCUCCUCUAAUUGGGGAACUCCAACUGAAGAGGGAGGUGAGUCAGAGAGGUAUAUGGGUCUAUGACAGAGUGGUUCUCGGUACUGAUGGAGACUCUGGUUCCAUAAGUCCUUUGGGUACUUAAAGUCUUGCAGUACUGAGCAGAAUUGUGGUAACCAUUGUGGUACCAAAGGCGUGGUAUGCUCAUCCCUGCAGGAUGGUACUGAGAAUUUCAAAUGUUUUUGAAGGCAUUGACAUAGAUGGAGACUUAGUCAUACAGGUACUGAAGAACCCAACAGGGGUGCUGGAAGAGGGGUUAAGUCCAGUGGUACUGGUCUUAGGUAUUUGUUCUGGCCAUUUCUGCUAAGCGGUAGUGGGUUCUUCUCAGAGACACAUGCUAACCCUUAGAGAUAUGUGAUUUCCCCCCUUGCCUUUCUCGGAGAAGAUAUUCGCCUCUAUUGCAAUGACUCUAAGGUUGAAGAAGCUGUUCACCUGCCCAGAGAACGAGGUCAUUCUGAGGUACAUUACUUAAUAGGAGAGUUAGAGAUCCUCUUUUGGGGACCUUUAGAGAAGGUCUCUGAGGCUUUCCCUUUUCUGGGGGAGUACUGCACCAAGCUCAAAGGGUGCAAGAUACUCCACAGAGAUUGAUGUACUGAAGAGAGGGGAGGGUGUUGUUCUGACCUGGCUCUGAAGUGGGGCAAAAUGACUGCUCUACCAUCAACAGCCACAGCUUGAUUUCCUGGUCUUUUA